AUCAGCACGGAAAGGUUACCAUACGUAAGCGGAUUCAACAUGGAAAACAGCGGCUGGGGGUUAGAAAAAGAAAAAAGCUGAGGAACGAUAGGGGAUAAUGCUCUCUUCAUGAUGACUGCACGCCGGCUUGUUACGGAUUACGUUAUAUAUCGUUUAGAAAGGGAACAUCUUGACUUUCCUGGACCGAAUACGAAACAAUAUAACAACGAGUACGACAAGCUGAGAGAGCCCAUCAGAGCGUUGUGCAAAGAAUUCGAAGAGCGUUACAUCGCCGCCUUCGAGAAUAUGGUUGAUCAAAUUCAUAUAGCUGACGACAACGCCAAGGACUCAUUUACAUCGGUCAUUAAUGAAUUGUUUUCCGAUGGUGUGAGAUGGGGGCGAAUCGUCGGCCUCUUUGCCUUCACCGGUGCUAUUUGCGUGCAAUGUGUGCAGAAAGAGAUGCCCUAUAAGGUAGAACAGGUCAUUGAUUGGACAACAACAUACCUCGAAACAGAAUUAAAACCUUGGAUGGACGAGAACGAAGGCUGGGUGAGUUAA